AUGGGCUCUAAUCUGGACGAGUACGAGGAUCUCGACGAUUUAUUAGAGGAUGCAUCGAAACUAGACGAAGAGAGCCCUUCGGAGAAGGUCCAACGAGGCGAAACGGCCAAGGGACCGAUUGGCAAGAAUGAUUCAGAGAUGGCAGAGAUGAUCGAGGACUUGCAAGGAGAUUUUGCCAAAUUGAUGCGGGAAAACGGGUCUGGAGACUCUGCUGAGGACUCCAAGACUGCAGAAGACUUUAAAAAGUUGCUUACGGCGCUAGGGAAGGCAGGAUCGACACCUCAAGCGUCUGAAAACGCCAGCACGAAUAGCGCAACUCCGGGCCAGAACGGCUUCAAAGACAUUGUUUCGAACACGCUGGAGCGUCUUAAAGAGAACGGUACCAAGGUAGAUACACAUCUCAUGGAGGAGAAGAAAAAGGGCAGUUCAGACGACAUUUUGUCGCAGCUGUUGGGCCAGCUCGUGGACGGCGCGGACGGAGACGACGAAGAAGGUGUGGAAAACGCCAUUCAAAGCAUGCUGAAUCAGAUGUCGUCGAAAGAGGUGCUGUAUCAGCCUAUGAAGGACAUGCAAACGGAGUUUGGCAGCUGGAUGGCUGCAAAUGAGACACUUGAGGAGCACGCCGACAAGAUCGAGUGCUAUCGCGAGCAAUUUGCGUUGGUCAACAAGAUUGUGGGCAUUUACGAAACGGAGGUCUACGAGGACAGCGCUGCACGCGACGAAAUUGGCGAGCUUUUGGACCGUCUGGAACAGCUUGGCGAUUCGCCCGUUAGCAAGGGCUUUAAUAGCCCAGACAACGCAGCAGAUCUCAGCAAGUUGUUGGAAAUGGAUGGUAACGAAAACGCGGGUGAUUUAGACAAAGAGUUGCAAGACACCUGUCAACAGCAGUAG